GUUGCAUUAGUCCAUAACAGAGCCACCCGCGCCUUAAACCGUCUAGAGUGCUAAGAUAUUUAAAUUUAGAAUCCUUUUCGCUGCCCUUCUUGUGUUCCUUUUUUUUUCUUAAUUUUAUGAAUGCUUGCGAAUUCUUUCCAACCAGUUUGAAUUUUGUGGCCGCUUGCAAAGUGACCGGACAAUCGAGAAAUUAGAAUUUUAAAAAGCAUUUCAGUGUUUGUGGUCGUUCAAAAACGGACGGAAAUUAAGGAAUUCUUGUGUGUUGCCUGCCAACAUGUCAAAAGCGCAUUAUUCAGUGAAUGACGACGUUUACGGGAAAAUAUUGAAGCCCCAUACAGAGCCUCAGACUGAUUAUGCUGAUGUUUUUGAGGCAGUUGAAGGAUUAGAUGCCCUGCUGGCAGAUCUCCAGAACUCCAUAAACCCGGGCCGGGUUAGCAGUCCGGGCGGACGGACCAGUUCGCCCGGUGGCCGGACGAACUCCCCGGGCCGGACCGCGUCACCGAUCGGCCGCGGCAGCUCCCCAGGAAGGCUGAGCUCACCAGGAGGAAGCCUCAGUUCCCCCACCUCGACAGGAUACGGCUCAAUAAAUGGCUCGAGGAACAUCAACUCGGAUUACGCCAAACCUGCAUCUCCCACCUAUCAAAACACAACGACAGUACACGAAAAAAUUGCACCAGCGAAAUACACCGCAGGAUAUGGCCACUCUCCCGGCUAUACCAGUCAGUCCCCCGGCUACAAUAACCAGUCACCGGGCUACAACAACCAAUCGCCGGGCUAUAACAACCAGUCAUUCAAUUACACGAGUCAGUCCCCUGGAUAUACUAGCCAGUCCCCUGGAUAUGGUAGGACCACUGGGCGAGGGAACCUGUCAGAAUUGGACACGCUGCUGGAUGAUCUGAGCAACGCCCGGUACGGAAACUAUGUUGAGAAGAAUACGUAUACGGAUCGGACUGAUGGAUACUCUCGAACAAAUGGCGCCACAAGUCCAGCAUCCACGAGGCCUACUGUGGAUUCCUUACUCGACCAGCUUAGCACCGAUAUACCUAACGGUCGCGCGGCUUCGAUAUCGCCAGUACCGCCUGCAUCGACAGCGGGCACUCUACCGCGUCCAGGAACGAAGCAAGUGACUGUGACAGUACAAGAGACAGUGGUAGAGCCAGCGCAGCAGCCCCUACCACCGCCACCCGCCCCGGUGGUCACCACCGUACGCCAACACCAUGCAUCUAGCGCCACCAAAGAGCUGGAUGAUCUUAUGGCGUCACUUUCUGACUUCAAGGUGAGCGGCGCAGGUGCAGCGCCAGGAGGCGAAAGCGGGACCCACGUCUACCGGGAGAAGCGCGCCUGGCAGGAGCACUACCGCAGCAACCCGCGGCAGCCCGAAUCAGCCUCUCUAGAACAUAUGCUCGGAUCCCUUCGAGCAGACAUGAGCCGCCAAGGAGUACAAACCCCUCAGAAGGGAUGCUGCAACGCUUGCGAGAAGCCAAUCGUCGGACAGGUCAUCACAGCUCUAGGUCGGACGUGGCAUCCUGAGCACUUCACGUGCGCGCAUUGCAACCAGGAGUUGGGCACGAGGAACUUCUUCGAGCGCGACGGCAGACCAUACUGCGAGCCGGAUUACCACAAUCUGUUCUCGCCGCGAUGCGCGUACUGCAAUGGACCCAUUCUUGAUAAAUGUGUAACGGCUCUCGAAAAAACUUGGCACACGGAACACUUCUUUUGCGCACAGUGUGGGCAACAGUUUGGGGAGGAAGGGUUCCACGAAAGGGAUGGCAAGCCGUACUGCCGCGCGGAUUACUUCGACAUGUUCGCGCCAAAAUGCGGCGGCUGCAAUAAGCCGAUCAUGGAGAAUUACAUCUCUGCCCUCAAUACACAGUGGCAUCCAGACUGCUUCGUGUGCAAGGAAUGCCGCGAACCAUUCCACGGGGGUUCGUUCUUCGAGCACGAAGGUCAGCCAUACUGCGAGACCCACUACCACGGCAAGAGGGGCUCCCUCUGCGCCGGCUGCCAUAAACCCAUCGCCGGCCGCUGCAUAACCGCCAUGUUCAGGAAAUUCCACCCCGAACACUUUGUAUGCGCGUUCUGUCUCAGACAACUGAAUAAAGGAACUUUCAAGGAACAAAACGACAAGCCAUACUGCCAUGCGUGCUUUGAUAAAUUGUUCGGGUAAAUCUAUAUGCCGCCAACAGAUGGCGUUAUAUAACAUCAUACUGUUAUGUUUGAAAAGUAAUGCUGAUACGAAAAGUGUUAUAGAUGGCGUUACUCGAUUAUAUUAAAACUGUUAUCUAUGUUUUAGAACGGAAGCGAAUUCGAUAGAUUAAAACGUUUUUUUUUUUCGUUUAAAACCAUUCAGUCAGCUUAGGAACGUUGAUGUUGUCAACAACUGUUUGUCAAUAAGUAAAGCAACGUUGAUGUUGAUCAAAUUAAUAAAUAAUUCUACUGUUAGAAAAAAAUAUUUAGGUUUAUUUCGCAUUAUUUUUACCUAAAACCUUUUAUUUGACUCUGAUUUAUAAUAACAGUGAUUUAUAAUAUCUUUGAGAGUCCGCCAUUUAAAUUAUUGAAUUUAGAAUGACGUCACGUAGUUAACAAGUUAAAACAAGUAUUGAAAGUUAGAUAAAAAUUCUUGCAAAUUAUCGUUGCUAGGACCACUAAAUGAAUGAUAACAUAAUUUUAUUAGAUUAGACGGUUAUUGAAAAAAAAAUAUAGUUUUAAUCCUCAUAAUAAUAUGUCAGCGCCAUAUUUCGGUCGUUCUUGCUCUGAACUUAACUAUAAAACAUGCAUAGAACUUCCAUAAUUUAAACAAAAUAGCUCGAUAAUAAAAACUACAACUAAGUAAAAGUUAAAUAGAUAAUUUUUAUUGACAGAUAAUAUAUUAAAUAAUAUUUAGAUUUUAAGUGAUUAUUGUAACAUUAUACUUUCAUACCAUAAAUGGAAAACAGGCUUCAUUUCCUUGUACGGAGGUCAUAAAAGUUUUGACCAUUUUGUUACUGUUCUUUUUUUGUAUUUUUUGAUAUGUCAAAAAUUCGUAAUUACUUUCUGUCUUUUUCACUCGAUGGUGAAUGUAGAUGUGAUCUAAAAUAGUUUUAGUUAAACGAAGUUCUGUAAUACUUUUGUGAAAUUUUCUCACUGUAUUUAAAAAUAUUGUCUCAAAACUUAUAAAUACAAUACUUUUAAUUAUGUAAAUAUAACUGAUGUGUAAUAUUAAUAAUAAUUCAAAUUCACUUGCUUGGGAGAAUAAAUGUAUUAUGUUUAUGGACCCCCUUUCUUGUUUUGUCUCAAUGUAACCCAUACAUUCUUUAUGUAUUUAUUUCAUUUCAUUUUGUACAGUAUUAUUGAUGUGACGUCAUUGGGGGGUCCUUCUCAGACCAAUUAUUGUAUAGGACCUGACUCGCUACGUUAGACGUUACUUUUCUGUCAAAGUAUAUGAUCAACGAUCUAAUGCGAUUAUAAUAAUUGUCUCUAUAGUAUCGAUGUUUCAUAGUUGUAAUAGUGUUCGUCGAUCAAAGAGCUCCGUGAAAAUACCUUUUUGUGUAGUUGAAUUUUGUAAAAAACCUCUGUUGUCUAGUUUAAUACAAGAUAAUAUACCAAAUCUAAGCUCGUUUUCCUCAGAAAAUGACAGACAAUUUUGUUCGUGGGUGCAAUACUGGUCCCUCCAUAAUUGGUCUGCGGGGUCCAUAGAUGUUUAUUCGAUAAAGGAAUACAUAAAAGUAUGAAUAGGUAGGUAUAUUCACUUGAGUAAACUUUUAAUGUCCUUUUCUAUUCAAGUCAUUAUGAGAAGGAUGGCAGUAUUUUUAAUUUUCUUUAUUUUUUUGUACAUCGUGUAAACUGAUAAGUCGAUUCAUUAUAAUUAAUUAUUAUUAAAUUAAGUAUGUAUAGUUAAUAGAGUAGAAAAACAGUAUAAAUAUGGUUAAUAUUAUAUUAUUAAGAUGAAAUUAAAAGUGUUCGAAAAAUAAAGGUACUAAUUCAAAAUUUUAUGUCAAAAAUAAUAGAUUGUGAUGUGCUUUCGGUCUAAAUUCUAAAAUGUCAAAGACGUUGAAAAUUAGAUAUAAAAAAAUCUAAAAAAAACAUACUAUUGUAAUAUAUUAAUUAUUAUUAAUAUUAAUAAAUUCUUAAAUGUUAGAUAUGAGUAUAAUAUUACAGAAUAUGCCCAAGAUUGUAGUAUAGUGUAAAAAACCAUUAUGAAAUAAAGAAGCAUUUUCAUUGCAAUUUUUUGUUGUCUAAUACGACAUUCAACAAACAACACUUCUAAAUUAUUUAAUGGAGAUAUUUAUUUGUUAUUUUGAAUAAUCCUAUGUUUUACAAUAGUUUUGUAACAUAAUACAUACAAUCAUACAUGCACAACUGCAUUGGCCUCGGCCUCAACGUAAAAUAGGAUUGUAAAAAAAAUUAAAUAACACCUUGAAUUUCCUCGCGUAAUGGUAGGCGUCCACAUAUCCACGUCGUACGUAUUGGACGCACCGCACCAAACGGAUCGUAAUAUAUUAAAGAAAGUCAAACAAGGAUGUCCACUGAUACGCAUCGUAUAGAUCGCACGAAUUUUCCGUAAAAUUAAAAAUCCGUUUAAUACGAUGCGUCCACAGAUCCGCAAAUUACGGAUCGCACGAAUCUUCUUUAUUCAAAAGUAUAAGAUCUUCCCAUGCAUAAAUAGUGAUGUAUAAACUGAACCAAUUUUGUAAUAAAACAAAAAAUAAAAAUACUUUAAUAUGAUUAUUUUACAAUUGUGAUUUGUGACCAAUUUUGUUUAGUCAAAUUUUUACCUCACGGCUAUUUUUGCCGUCCGAUAAUAUGGAUGAAGUCAUUGAUACAAAUCAUUGAUUGUUACACUUCAUUGAACUAUUUAUUUAAAUCCGUAGAUCUUUCUAGAACUAUAUAAUACGAGGAAAAUACCGAUGUAAAUUACGAUUAAGAUAAGUGUAAUGUUUUGAUUAUUUAUUUACUAUAAGGGCUAGUACACACCAGCAUUUAAAAGAUCGAAUAUUUAAUUAAAAAAAAACUUUCAUUAAUAAUUCUAUAUUUCAAGCACAAAAAAGUUAUAUAUAUUUUGACUAUUAUUUUGUAUGCCGUUGUUAAAAAAUUAGACAUUUUUGCGAUAUAAAAAAACAAAACAAACUCUUUCAGUCAAUAGAAAAUACCGCCACAGGUAAAAUAUGAAUGGCUGUGACAUUUUAACAAACACAAAUUGUCAUGGUUGCAAUCUCUUUAAUUUAUUUAACACUGUAGCAUGGUGCGGAUGACAGUUGCCCUAUGAUGCAUAAUACGUACUAUUAUCGUGAACAGAGCCAAACUUUCAAGAAUGAAAUGAACUGUCACCCGCACCAUGCUACAGCGCACGAACGGUAGAAACCACAAUUUUUAUUGUUGUAUAACUUCUGACUUCCGAACAUAAAUAUUAUAUUUUAUUUUCUAUGACAUUCUAUAUUUUAACAAAAAAAAAAUAUGUUUAUAUAAAGUUUUUUUUAUUUUACCGCUACUCGUUGUGUUGUUAAGUUGACAUAAUCUUCCAUUAGCUCUUAAUUAUUCAGUCUGUACAGUUAUUUGCUAUUUUUUACAAGUUAUUUUUUUAAUUUACCCAGAUUGCGUUAUCGCUUUUAGGUUAAUAGUUUAGUAUCGAGUGCCAAACGUUUAACGUCGGACGAAUAUGCUCGCAGUGUAACCGUAACCUAAUUUUGAUUGAGAUUGCGUAAUACUGAUUGGGUCUUAUCUGUAUAUUGAAUUUUAGGUCACAUUGUAUCGCAAUGUAACUAUGUAUAACUUUUAACUUAUUCUUUUCCAUUGGUUUUUGGUUUGUUAUGAACUUACUCAUGCAAAACCCAUUUCCCUAUUAAAAUCUGUAAUGAUGCUUUUAUAACUUUACAGUGCAGUUUCAGAUUUGUCUGUGUCAAAUAGAUACAUAUAGAGACAAAUUCGUAAUUCACACAAUCGAGUUAUAAAGACAAUCUUAUAGAAUAAUUUUUAAUGAAAUGUUCCGUCUCCUUUAUAAAACUAGCUCCUGGAAUAUUUAUUCCCCAUUUUUGCCACAUUUUUAAUUGACUCUCCUGAUGGUCGCAGCGUGAUAUUAUAUAUUCUAAAGUUUUCCUCGAUAAAUGGACUAAUCAACGAAAAUAUUUUUUUCAAUUCGAUCGACUAGUUCCUUAGAUUAGCGAGUUCAGCUGAACAAACAAACAAGCUUAUAUUACUAGUAAAGCAAUAAUAAAUUGAGAGUUAAUAGUACGAGAUCCAGUAUAAUAAAUAUAUACCCUCAUCUGUUAUUUAUUUGUGAUAAGAAAGAAAUGAUAGAAAAUAUUCACACUGACACAUUGAAAAUAGGCUGCCUAGUAAAAUUGCGAUCGGUUAAUAUAAAAUUACUAGGGGACCCGAUCAAGCUUGAUCCCUGUCCCUACUCUACACUACUCUACCCCUACCCUACCAAAAUAAAAUUAAAAAUGUAAAGGUCGCCUGCUUUCACACUGCAACUGUGGGGUUGCCAGAUAUAAACAGUUGAGUAAUGUUAUUUAUCCUAACUCAUCCUGUUCUUGAUACCCUCAUCAGUUAUUUAGUCGUCUAACAUGUCAAAUGAAAGCUCAUUUUAUGCUUAUUUUACUGUAUUAAGUUGCCUUUGAACAUGAUUUUCUAGAUUUUGUAUAAAAAUUGGAUCUGGCUGGCAAUUAAACUAGGCACCUAUUUCGAUGUAUCACUGUGAUUAUUACGUAUCAUUUAUUUCUUAUGAAUAAUAAAAAACAGAUGAGGGUAUAUAUUUCUAAUGCUGGAUCUUGGACUAUAAAGUUACACUGUGAGUAACGUCCUUAUUCAGCGAAGUAUCGAGAUGUGUUUGGUUACGUUAACCAGGAGUUUAACUGAUGGUUAUUUGUAACGUGUUCGUGUAAGAAAUGAUUUUAUUGAAUCUGUAAUAUUUUAACAAAUAUAUUUAAUGUUUUUUUUGAUGAAGA